AUGGUAUUUAAGAGGAAACGCUCUAGGAGAGGAAGAGGGGAGUAUAUUCUGAGUGAAUCUGAAGGAGCUGACACUUUUAUAAAUAACAGCGAUUACCUGGAUCAAGAACAAUACAAGAGUAGUAAUGUGGGUGAAAGCUCAUCAACUGCGAGCCCAAGGAUACCUUUAGGUAAUGUGGAUAAAGAAACCGUAGCGAGUCAACUGGAGAGAGUUGAAGAGAACCAAAUCAAGGACCUACAUGGGCAAAACCAGUUGGAGACAAAUUCGACGCGAAAAGAGAAGAUUCAGGAUGAGGGCAGAUCUCGACAAGACUCGAUCACAAGCGAGGACCAGAACUCUCUUACCCUGAUAAACUGUGAUAGUUUAGAUCCCGUGAAUUUUAAAACAGCAAAUGAGGAACGCGCUUUACCACUAAAUAGUUUAAAAAUCGGUAGCGAUAUGGAAUUGUCGUCUCUGUCUUCCAUAAAGCCUCCUUCAAGCUAUUCUCAACAGAAAUCAGAUAUCUUACUACUGUCUCCUUCAAAGAGACGAGAAAACACAACACUGGCCCCAAAUACUAAUGAACCGAGAUUGGUGAUAAAUAAGUUGAUUCUUACUAAUUUCAAGUCAUACGCCGGAGAACAAAUUAUUGGGCCCUUUAAUGCAUCUUUUUCGGCAGUAGUAGGACCAAAUGGUAGUGGAAAAUCCAAUGUAAUAGACUCCUUACUUUUUGUCUUCGGCUUUAGAGCUCUGAAGAUGAGACAAGGAAAAUUAUCAGAAUUAAUUCAUAAUUCUGUCGAUGGGAUGAAAUUGGACUUCUGCCAGGUUGACAUCCACUUUCAUAAUGUAAUUGACUCCUCAGACGGUAAUGAAGUUCAAGUUGUUCCUAGCUCAGAGUUAGUGAUUAGCCGACGAGCUAAUAAAAACAAUUCUUCUCAGUAUUUCAUAGACGGGAAAUCAAGUACUUAUACAGCAGUAACUAAUCUUCUCAUGAGAAAAGGCGUCGACUUGCACCAUAAAAGAUUUUUGAUUCUACAAGGGGAAGUAGAAUCUAUUGCUCAAAUGAAAGCAAAAGCUGAACGUGAAAAUGAUGACGGAUUGCUUGAGUAUCUCGAGGAUAUAAUUGGAACUUCACAAUACAAAGAGCUAAUCGAACAGGCACUACUGAAGGUAGAAGAGCUUAAUGAGGUGUGCCUUGAGAAAGAAAACAGAGUCGUUCUCGUAGAAAAAGAUAAGGAUCAAUUGGAAGAAAAGAAAGAUGAUGCUUUAAAACUUUUAGAGGCCGAGAAAACUUUGGCCCUAAAGAAGUCAAUACAUCUUCAAAAUAAUAUUAUGAAAAACAAGCUUAGGGUAGUGGAGAAUGAGAAGCAUGUUACUCAACUAAACACAAAGUUAUAUGAAGAAAAAGAGUCAAACCGAAAGUUGAUGGAUUCAGUCAAAGAUUUUACGGAUAAACAAGCGUCCAUUUCAAAGACUAUUUCAGACUUGAAUAACAUGCUAAUUCCGUUACAGAAGAAGCAAAAGACCGUUAAUAAAUCUAAGGUUUCUCUUGAAGAAAAAAUCAAAAAUAUAAAUACUAAAAUCAAAAAGGCAACUAAGGCUAGAGAACUGCUGGACCAUAUCUUGACAUCUUCAAAUCAUAAACUCGAAAGCUGCGAAAAACUAAUAUCUCAGUAUUCAGAUGAACUAGUGCAACUAACAAGUGACCUUGAAGCAGAAAAAGUAACUUUAGAUGAUAUCAGAAAGAAGAUGAAGGAUAAGACUUCCCAGUUUAGCAACGAAAUAGAAUCUCUCCAAACAAAACUCGAACCGUGGAAUGACAAACUCAAAAUAAACGAAAGUGCUCUACAGUUGAUCAAUUCUGAGAUUGAGAUAUUUCAAAGCGAGAAGGAAAGUUCAACUAAACAUCUAGAAGAUGCAAGACAGAGAUUAUUGCACAUAAAAGGUGAGGGAAAAUCAAAAGAGGCUGAACUAAGAGACUCGGAAGCAACUUUAUCACAAAUUGAAAAACAGAUUAAACUCGGAGAGGAGCAAUGCGGAAGGGAUAAAAGUCUUCUUGAUCAAGGUUUACAGAAGCUAAGUGCUUUAAGGCAGAAAACUCAGGAAGUUCUGACAUCAGUUUCUAAUAGACAAAAUAAGGACAGAGUCUUGUCAGGUUUAGCUAGACUAGCAAAAUCAGGACGAAUCGAAGGCUAUUACGGUAAACUAGGUGAUUUGGGUGUCAUUGAUGAUAAAUACGAUAUUGCGAUAUCAACCGUAUGCCCAGGAUUAAGCUCAAUAGUCGUUGAAACUGUCGAAACAGCACAGGCUUGUAUUGAUUACUUGCGUAAAAGCAAGCUAGGGUAUGCAAAUUUCAUUUGCUUGGAUAAGUUAAGACAGUUCAAUCUAUCACCUAUUCAAACUCCAGGAAAUUCGAGCACUGUGAAAAGAAUAUUUGACUUGAUUCGUCCCCAAAGCCCAAAAUUUGCCCCGGCAUUUUAUAGUAAGCUAUAUAAUACCUUAGUUGUUUCUAACCUCGAAGAGGCAAAGAGAGUUGCAUAUGGACCUAAAAGAUGGAAAGUUGUCACUUUGGAUGGAAAAGUUGUCGAUACAUCUGGUACUAUGUCGGGGGGUGGAAAUUUUUCUGCAAAGGGUGGGAUGCGCUUAUCAAACUCACGGAAUGAUUCCAUGGAAAUAUCAGAGGAGGAAAUAGAACCUCUAAAGGAGAGUUUAAGGAAAGAGGAACUUAACUAUGAACUUGCUAGUUCCGAAUAUCAAGAAAAGCUCCUGAAGCUCUACAAGCUCAAAGAAAUGAAGCCUGAUACGGAAUUCAAAAUUUCAAAGUUAAAACUCGAUAUUGAAGCCUUAAUAGCUGAUAAACAAGAGGCCCUGGCCUUUUUGAAAGGAUUGCUUGCUGAAAGUGGUGCCAAGACUAAAGACUCAACAAAGUUGGAGGAACGUAUCGCUUGCAAAGAAAUCGAAAAAGAUAAUCUUAUCAAUGAAAAGAAAGAAUUAAAGUCCCAGAUGGUUGAGUUAGAAGAAAAAAUUAAUGCUUUGGAGGAGAAAAUUAUGGAAGCUGGUGGAGUCGAAUUGAGGUUACAAAAUUCGAAGGUGGACUCAAAUAAACAAAAGAUUGAAAUUAUCAGUGAAAAGGUAUCCAAUGAAAAAAUGCAAGCGAGAAAAUUACGGAAUGAUAUAUCUAGACAUCAGAAGAUCUUGAAUGAGGUUGAAUCUGAACUCAAAGAUACGGAUACUGAGUUGGAAUGUGUUAAGAAAAUUCAAGGAGAGAAAGAUGAAGAGAUAUCGAAUAUUUCAUCUCAGAUAACUGCUAUUGAAUCCGAAAAGGAAUCAAAAGAUGAGGAGUUAGAGACCCUUAGAAAUGAGUUAGAGGAAAAGCAAAGACAAAUUAACGAAGCAAGGUCUGCCGAGAUCGAAUUGGAUAAUGAGGUCGAAAAAUAUAAACUAAUUCUUCAAAAGUCACGAGCUAAACUUGAAGAUGAUGAAGAGAAUCUCAAAUCUAUAUUAAUUAAAGACACUACACCCUAUAUAGAUUGGCUAGAUGAGGAAGAAAGAAAAAAGUAUGAUAGAACUACAUUUGAGGUGCUAUCUGAAGAACUGAUUAAAGACAUCGAUAUUGAUGAAAUAAAUACAGAGAUCGAGGAAUUAGAGAAAGUUGUCAGCAGCAUUAAAGUUGAUAUUGAUGUUCUUAAAGAAUAUGGAACGAAGAAAAACGAAUUUGAAAAGCGUCGAAGUGAUCUUAAUGGUGCAGUCGAGGAAAGAGACCAAUUGAAGUCUUAUUGUGAAGAAUUGAAGAGGAAAAGACUUGACGAAUUCAUGAAGGGGUUCAAUACUAUCUCAAUGUCUUUGAAAGAGAUGUACCAAAUGAUAACGAUGGGCGGCAAUGCAGAACUUGAGUUAGUCGAUAGCUUGGACCCUUUUUCGGAAGGUAUUAUGUUCAGCGUGAUGCCUCCGAAGAAGUCCUGGAAAAAUAUUUCAAAUCUUUCUGGUGGAGAAAAGACUUUAAGUUCGUUGGCUUUAGUCUUUGCAUUACAUAAAUACAAACCUACUCCGCUUUAUGUCAUGGAUGAAAUUGAUGCGGCGUUGGAUUUCAGGAACGUGUCUAUAGUAGCUAAUUACAUCAAAGAGCGUACAAAAAAUGCACAGUUUGUGGUCAUAUCUUUAAGAAAUAACAUGUUUGAGUUGGCUCAACAAUUAGUGGGCAUUUACAAAGUUAAUAACAUGACAAAGAGUAUUUCACUACAAAACAAGGAUUUCUUGAUCCAAGCUUAA